GUGUCUAGUGUUUCUGUGCGGACGCGUGGUUCCACAACACGCGCGACCGCGACGGCGACCACACGCGAGGUGAAAAAAACAUUCAUUGUCAACAAUAGACCGCAUUGUUGUCCAUCAUUGUUGACACCCGUCGCUACUCAUUGUUGAAUAAAAUUGUGUGGAGUGAAACCCAUUUUCUGCGUUAUAACAGUGCGGUGGAGGAUGGUUGUAUUAUGAGGAGUGCGGUUGUGCGAUAGUGCGGACAAUGCAUCUGACGGGAGGCACGGUGUCCCCACAGGAUGGCGGGACGGCGAUGAUCAACGACACCUACACCAAGAUGACCACGGACAUCCUGACCGAGAGAACCAUGGGAGACUUCCUCUCGGAACACCACGGAGGCCUUACGAGGACGGGGAGUCCGCUGUUCGUCUGCACAGAGCUUCCGCCCCACUGGCGGUCCAACAAGACGUUGCCCGUGGCCUUCAAGGUGGUGGCUCUAGGAGACGUGGUGGACGGCACCGUGGUCACCGUUAAGGCGGGCAACGAUGAGAACUACUGUGCCGAGCUGAGGAACUGCACCGCCGUCAUGAAGAACCAAGUGGCCAAGUUCAACGACCUCAGGUUCGUCGGCAGAAGUGGCAGAGGGAAGAGCUUCACGUUGACUAUCACGAUAUCCUGCAACCCUCCUCAAGUGACGACCUACAACAAGGCCAUCAAGGUCACCGUGGACGGACCCCGGGAACCUAGGUCCAAGACCAUGCUUUCUGUUCUAGGACAACAACAACAGUUCCACUUCGCGUUUGGCCAACGUCCGUUCCUCUCCGGACACUUCGGCAGCGCUCUCGACCCUCUGCAGAGGACCACGGACUCCCUGGCGUUCAGGAUGCCCACCAUGUCUAGUUGUCAGAACAUGAGUCAGUUCGGGCUGAACAACUCGCACCACUACUCCAGUUUCGGCUACGGCGCGACGACGCCCUACUCCUCCUACCUCGGCGCUGGGACGCUCAGCAGCUGUGCCGCCACGGGGGGCUUCAACACGCCGGCUAUAGGGUUCUCUACGACGCAACACUCCGAGAAUAACAACCACGAGAACAACACCACCUUCCACACCUCCUCCACCACAUCGUCCAUGAUGGGAGACGCCGCCCCAGUGGGUGACCUGGACCAGCACCUCCUCGGGCCGCAGCAGCAACUCCACAACAACCUCAACUCCACCACCCUUCCCCGGUACUCUGCCUCAGACUUCCUCAGCGGCCCUCGGUCACUCAGCGACUCCUCUACGGCAGAGUCACCCGUGGGGAACGACGACCUCCAGACCAACGGCCACGGGGCGACCACCUUCCACCACCACCACAUCCAUCAUCACAACCCCGCCACCACCUACCCCUCCCACUAUCCUGUGCUUCCCUCCCUCUUCUACUCCCAGCUUCACCACUCCCUGCCUGGCUCAGACCUCCUCACCUCCUCACAACUACCGGCCAGAGUGGACGACCCUCCCUCCUCCGGGCGAGGACAGGACGUCUGGAGACCCUACUGACCCCAGGACACCAUGGGUGACCCUCUGGCCAUCUAGAGUGUUCAGUGUAGUAAAGUGACAAUUGGAACAGUGAAAACUGACCUAGACCUGUCCAAAGACUGUUGAGGGGGUUGUAAAUCCUUGCUGUAAUAUUUACAUUUCAUCCAUCGUGGAUUCGACUUUAGUGUCAUUCAAAAAUUAGAAAGUAAAAUACGAUCCAAUAAUUUGUCAAAGUAGCGAAUUUAUAUACCUUUUUCAGCUUCCACACUUUAAUUUU